AUGCCUGACAAUGAAGUCAGCUUCGCCCAAGAAAGGUCGAAGAAGAAGAAGAAGAGGAGGAAGAAUAAGAAGAAGAAGAAGAAGAAGAAGAAGAAGAAGAAGAAGAAGAAGAAGAAGAAGAAGAAGAAGAAGAAGAAGAAGAAGAAGAAGAAGAAGAAGAAGAAGAAGAAGAAGAAGAAGAAGAAGAAGACGAAGAAGAAGAUGAAGAUGGCCCACCACUGA